CAGAGAAAACACACACACUCUACUGCAGCCGAGAGUGUAAUGGAAUUCAAUUUGCCGUGGCUGGCCGGUGGAAAAUGCCAUUAUAACUUUCAGCAAACAUUUUUUUCCUCAAACGUGAUUUUUAUGUGGGAAGAGAGUGACUGUCCCAGCGGAGGACCCGUGAAAAUACACGGGUGAUCAUCUUGUUAGCUAACUAUUUAGUAUGCCAGCGUCGUUGCCUUAUUAACUAGCAUUGCCCACUUGCUACAUUUUGUUUGGAAUUGAUCAAUCAGUUGCGAUGCUGAUGAUGUGAUUCUAUUUUAUCACAUCAAUUAGCUAGCUAUGUUUUGAGCUUUAGCAUUGUGGUCCUCGAUAACAUCGUUAGCCACUUUUUUUAUUUUAUUAAUUUAGCUAGCGUUAUUUACUUGCGCCAGCAUAGUUAUCUAAAUUAACCCACAUGUUGCCUGUCAUUUGCAUAGCUAGUGUUAUGAAAUUAUAGUCAUUCAGUUAUUUUCUUUACCGAUGCCAUACGAGUUUGUUUUCUGCACUUGAAGUAUCUAGCUAACUGGCUACUUAGCCAGCUAAUUUGGUAAUUGGCUACACCAGCUAGCGCGAGCUGGUGUUAUGUGAACGACGCACACUGGUCCUCGCGCAGCUUUUUCCAGUCUGCGAAAACAAUACUCUGUUUUGAUUAGCCCCUUUGAACCACCGCGAGUGUGAUUAUUGAUGUAUGUAUCUAGCUAGCAAGGUGUUGCCACAUUUUGUUUUGUCUUUAUUUUUGCAUUAUUUUGAAUGCAUAUUUUAUUCGCCGGACAGAACGAUUUUCUUGUUUUAGCGUGAGGCGCUGUCUGCCAGCUCCCUACUUAGUGCAUGUGUCCGUUGCUUUUUUUCUGUAUGUUUCUUAGGGCUACACAGUUAGCUUGUCAGUUGCUUAGCUAGCAGCAUUUAUUCGCUAUAGUAGCUUGCCGUGGUUAUUAACAUCGGCGAGCAGCACAAAUCGUUUAUGCAUGUGGAACUGCUUUGGAAUAAUUUUUUUUAUAGGUUAACUAACGUUAGCUGGCUGUAAUUAAUUACUAUCAGCCAGUGGCGUAUGAUUUGCGCUGGGGGUUUCAUUGUUAGCUAGCUAUCUGGCUAAUUGUGUGAAUUCGAUUGUGAGGAAAGGACCUAGGUUUUUUUAAAGUAGCUAUGGAUGAUCAGACGCGAAUGCUGGCGGGUCUCGCCGGACUCGGCGGGUUAUCACAAGGCGACGUUGGCGACCAAGACUCGGUUAGGAAACAGCUCGGUCAACCUCAACAAGACAUUGGGGAUAUUCUACAACAGAUUAUGGCCAUCACAGACGAAAGCCUGGACGAGGCGCAGGCCAGGAAACACGCCCUGAACUGUCACAGAAUGAAGCCUGCCCUCUUCAGCGUUCUCUGUGAGAUCAAAGAGAAGACCGUGCUGAGUAUCCGAGGCAUUCAGGAUGAGGACCCCCCAGACCCUCAGAUCAUGCGUCUGGACAACAUGCUGCUGGCCGAGGGCGUGUCUGGCCCGGAGAAGGGCGGGGGCUCGGCUGCAGCAGCUGCGGCCGCUGCAGCAGCAGGAGGGUCGCCCGGUGCCGACGGCGGCAUCGAACACUCAGACUACAGAGCCAAGCUGGCACAGAUCAGACAGAUCUACCACUCUGAGCUGGAGAAAUAUGAACAGGCAUGCAGUGAGUUCACCAACCAUGUGAUGAACCUGCUGAGGGAGCAGAGUCGCACGCGGCCCAUCUCUCCCAAGGAGAUCGAGCGCAUGGUGGCCAUCAUCCACCGCAAGUUCAGCUCCAUCCAGAUGCAGCUCAAACAGAGCACCUGCGAGGCCGUCAUGAUUCUACGCUCCAGAUUCCUCGACGCCAGGCGUAAGAGGCGUAACUUCAACAAGCAGGCUACAGAGGUGCUGAACGAGUACUUCUACUCCCACCUGUCCAAUCCCUACCCCAGUGAGGAGGCCAAAGAAGAGCUGGCCAAGAAGUGUGCCAUCACAGUCUCACAGGUUUCUAAUUGGUUCGGCAACAAGAGAAUACGGUACAAGAAGAACAUUGGUAAGUUCCAGGAGGAAGCGAACCUCUACGCAGUUAAAACAGCGGUGGAUGCUGCCAGCGUGUCGGCGCAGGCUAGCCAGGCUAACUCUCCGGCGACGCCCAACUCAGGUGGGUACCCUGCACCGUGCUACACACCUGACGGCAGGCUAUGAGGAGCUGACCACUAGCUCCCUCUACGCCCCACACCGCCUCGACCCUAGCAACAGCUGGCAGGACAACACCCAACCCUCCUCCGUCACCUCUCCACCAGGCCCCCCUGGCAGCGUUCACUCUGACACCUCCAACUGAGACACACACACCUUUUCUUCCACCCCAGAGACAGCUUUCUUUUGGUGUCUGCUCUGACCACUACCCACUUACCACCGCCCGCCCCCCCCAUCCUCCUUCCUGCCCGCCUCUCCACUACCGGUCCGGACUGGGCAACUCAUGCCAGGCACUGUACACACUUCUGUGGACCGUUAAGAUGGACAAGUGAACAGAAGACAUUUACCUUCCUUCCAUCCUACAGAAAUUCUGGAGGCUCCUUAGUCUCCUCUCCUAAAAUUCGAUAUGAAGACAGACUGGCGCCUGAUCAUGACAUCAUAACCCCUCGCCGCUUCCAGGACCUUUGGGUAACUACUAACCCAACCAACCUGGCUGUGUAGGGCAGGUGAUGAUCACUGAUGUCUGUAUAUUACCUGUGUAUAUGUUCAUGUCAACUCCACACAGUGUUCACAGCCUGUCCAUUACCUAUCCCUUGUGAGGUUCUGGUGUUCAUGCAUGUGAUAGUGGUCACACACUCUAACGCCAGGCGCUGUGGCGAUACGGAUCACAAGACGAGCUCUGCUCACCUUGCUUGUACCAAAGUGAUGUCCUCUCUCCUUCCCCCAACCUGAUAGUUGUCACCCUCCUUCUGUUCCUCUGAGAACCAACUAGUAACACAAAGACACCUUCGAUCUUUUAGUAUUGCUGAUGCUUUCAGUUUGGGGGGACGAUUUUUAAGUGAGUGCUUUAUAGGUCAGAUAUGCACACACCACCCACCUUUUUACAACCCCUCAUAUGGAACAUGGACACAGAUCUGUCAAGCACAAACUUUUGCACCUUUUUCCAGGUGCUUCUACCUGGUGACAGUAGUUCUGGGGAGUUGAGCAUACAGUAGGCUUGAGGACAGGACUGAAGAUGGAGUGGGGAAAUGAACGAUCCUCUUUAGUCCUCCAGAGGUCGUUUCUAUUGCUUCCCCCUUCGCUUAGUCAUCAAAAGCUGUAGACUCUUUGUAGACGUUACUUUCCUCUGUCUGUCAACUACUUUUAGUUGAUUGUAGCCCUUUUUUUUUCUCCUAACGCUGUUUCACAAAGAAAUGCACCAGCCACCAAAUAAACAAAGUUUGUUGGGAUGGUGGAAUGGAUGGAAUGAAAUAUGUUUUGGGGCAGA